GUCCAUACAUUUACGUAGAUCGUUGGCCGAUGUCCAUCAUAGUAUGUGUGGAGAUCAUGUUGGGAUGACGUACCUAUAAGUGUAGUGAUUUAGAAGAACUAUUAAAAAAAUAGUUAAAUGGUUCGUCACGCCGGAAAACUCGCACAAACGACACGGUUUAGUUUUUAUUAUUAUUGCUAUCACAAUUCAGUUUUUUCCGUGUAAUAGAGAUGAAGGCAAACGAUAAGACUGUGCAGUAUUUCGUAGCUUUAGCAGUAUCCUUGGCUGCCGUUACUUCUGGCGUGACAUUGACAUGGACUACUUCAGUUAUACCGAAGUUUCAUGAUAAUCAGACAGAUUUCCAGUUAUCAGACUCAGAAAUAUCAUGGAUCGUAGCGAUAUCGUCUCCAGGUUUUAUAGUGGGCAGCCUGACCAGCAGAUUCGUGUCAGACAAGUUUGGAAGACGGGCCACACUGCAGGGUAGCGCGUUUCCUAUGGCCAUUGGAACGAUAAUAAUGAUUUGUUCAUCAAAUGUUUGGCUUCUCUGCACCACAAGGUUUUUAUGGGGCGUCGGUGCCGGCAUGAGCGGGACUGUAUCUGCGAUAUAUUUAGCGGAGAUAGCUGACAAAGAAAUACGAGGGACUCUAUCAGUACAAAGUAGAUUUAUGCUCAACUUCGGCAGUUUUUUGACUUUGGUCAUUGGACCUUUCGUAUCGUACUAUACCUUGAACUAUAUGAUUUUGAGUUUACCCAUCUGUUAUUUCAUCUCUUGUUCUUUGGUCCCUGAGUCACCAUACUUUUAUUUAAAAGAGGGAAAGGUGGAUGAUGCAAGAAAAGCGCUGAUAAGAUUAAGAGGUCAUCAAGAUGAAAAGGCACUGGAAGACGACUUAUCUGUAAUGCGAUCAGACGUAACGAAAGACAUGCGCCACUCAGGUUCGGCUAAAGAACUCUUUACCGGCAAACAAUACCGCACGGCAUUGCUCAUCGGGGCUGGGCUAAAAGUCGGUCAAGUGAUGAGCGGCACGAUAGUGAUCCAACACUACCUGGGCCGCAUCAUUCAGGACAGCCACUACCAGGUCAACCUGGCCACAGUCUUCAUCAUCUUUGGGGCACUAAGGUUUCUUGUAGGGGUAAUGUCGUCAGUGAUAGCUGACAGAGUAGGUCGUCGUCCGCUUCUUAUUUACUCCUACGUGGGAACAGCUUUGUCGCUGUGCCUCGUCACCGCCUACUUCUUCUGCCAGGAGAUACUUCUCAUCGACCAAGACAACCUCAGUUCCUACGCCGUAGUUGUAUUCAUCGGAAUAGUCCUCUCCAGCGUGAUCUCCACUCUAGGCUACGGCUCAAUUAGUUACGCGAUCUUAGGAGAAAUAUACCCUUUGAACAUUAAGUCAAUCGCUAUGACCAGCAUGAAUAUAUUUGGAGGCUCCUUCAAUUUCCUAGUCACCAAAACAUACCAACAACUAAAAGACGCGUCAGGCUCUUUCGGAGUAUUUUGCUUUUUCACCUCAGUUUCUUUUGCAUUCGCUAUAUUUUCCUAUUUCAUAGUGCCUGAAACGAAAGGAAAGUCUCUGGGAGAAAUACAAGUUUUGAUGCAAGGCAAGUACUAUGACAAUAGUGACAUUGUAUCGAAUGCGACGACGGUAGUUGUUAAUAAUUCCACUGAAUUGAAACCGAUGUUAGAGAAACAGAGUUAAUGAAAACUUCGCUGUGAUAGUGCACAAUUACCAAGUUUUCAGGGAAAAUUAAUGAGGGCCUCCACACGCUGUGAUAUUUACUGUGUAUUUAUAAUAAAAUAUUUUUAAUAGAAGUUUUAAAUGAACAAGUGCAUGUGUGUGCUUAUUCGAGGAAAGAUUUUUGUAUUCAACAAGAUCAAAUCAGAGAUUAAUUCAAUGUAUUUCAUAUACAUAUUAAGUCCUUAUCCCAUACGGGGUAGAUAGAGCCAUUGUCAAAGAGCGAAAGACACUUAGUUUAGGUAAAACAUUUGUUUUCUAUAAAUUUCUAUAUAUUUGUGAUAAAGAUAUACCAAUUGACCACAGGGUUAACGUUGAAUACAAAAUACGAGAAUCUUUCUAUGAUAACUUUAAAUCUAUCCUGAUUUUAAGGGAUUACUUUACAAUCAUUUCCCUAUGUGCAAGUACAGUAAAAAUACCAAGAUUUUUAGAACAGUGUUUUUUGAAUUCGUGAUUAAACUAUACGAUU